AUAUAAACCGAACCCUGCUAUGCUGUUGUUAUGUAUACUAUUCGGCGUAAUUGCAUUCCCCGCCCAAAAUCCUCGUGGGAGUCUGUGUCCAAUGCACAAAGAAGUGAUUGGACAACUGAAUCGGAGCUUCGUGAUUGAAUCGAGCCGGUCGAACUCUCUGAUCUACUCCAAGAAAUAUGUUGACGACGAUGGCGCUAUCUUUCGCUACCGUUCAUUCCUCAGUGAUUCAUUACUGAAACUGCUCUCUGUUUGUGUAUACCACAUUACGAUGCGCUGGAAUCAUAAUGCAAUUGGUAUUCAGCAAGAAAACUUGGAACGAAGGGGGUUCCGUACUAAAUGAAACAUAAUGAUACAGCUAUUGCUCUAUUAUUCUGGUCUAUCAUUAUGUUAAUUAUGAAUACAAAUGAGGGUGGAUUUUUCAGUGGGAACCGUGACAAUCUGUUUGCUCCCUUUUGUGGAAGACAAGUGCAGGUAGACGCUAGACAGGUGCAAGGAUCAAAAUUUGUGAGGCAGACACGCUUGCUAGUAGUUGCUAUUUGUUGGCACUCACAUCACAUGGACUAAUUAAGACUUUUUUUGGGCUUUUGGAGGAGGGUAGGGUUUAAUCUCAACUCAAUGACUACUUUCCAUAUAUUACUGUGUGGAAGUAACUCUUUUGUUGAGUUUAUCUAGGUUUAGGUUGGUGAGCUGUUAAUUUAGUUACCCCAUGAUGCCCGUGAAGUAUACACGCUGCGACGUCCUGAAAAGAUGUUGUUGACCAUUGUCAAUUUUGCCA